GCUUUGCCGCCACUGGCCAUUUGGUAACAUGUCCUCCAUUUCUCCCGCCCUCCCGAAGCUCCAAUGCAGCUCCUUCUCCUCCGACCAACGAGCCCUCUCCCUCCUCCUCCAGGGCCCCGUCAACCCCACCCACCUCCCCCAAAUCCACGCCCGAAUCUUCCGUCUCGGCGCCCACCACGACAACCUCAUCGCCACACGCCUCAUCGGACGCCUUCCCGCCCCCCUUGCCCUCCGCAUUCUCUGCCUUCUCGAUAAGCCCAGCAUCUUCCCGUUUAACGCCGCCAUCCGUGUCCUCUCCGAUGCCGGUCUCCCCCUCCCUGCCCUCUCCCUCUUCAAGUCCCUCAUGCUCCGCUCCCUUUCCCCCAAUGAUUUCACCUUCUCGUUCCUCCUCAAGGCCUGCACAUCCUCCAAAGACGCUUACCACGUCCAGCAAAUCCAUUCCCAUGUCGUCAAAACAGGGUUCGGUUCGAAUUCUUAUGUCCCCAAUGGGCUUCUCUCUGCCUAUGUAAAGGGUGCUGGGGAUGUUGUAUCGGCGCAUAGAUUGUUUGAUGAAAUGCCGGAGAGAAAGUUGGUUUGUUCCUGGACAUGUUUGAUUGCUGGAUAUGCUCAAUCUGGGAGGUCGGAGGAAGCUCUGAAGCUUUUUCUGAGAAUGGUCAAGGGGAAUAUGAAGUUGGAGGAUGACACCAUGGUAAGCACCCUGUCUGCAUGUUCAAAUCUCAAGACUGUAGAUCUUGAGAAGUGGGUGGAUAUUUUCAUGGAAUUUGGUACUAGUAUUCAUAAGUUUUCAUGUGAUUCAGUCAACACUGUUCUUAUUUAUCUGUAUGGAAGGUGGGGGAAGAUUGAGACAGGCAGAGAAUUAUUUGAUAGGAUGAUGGGGAGAGGAAGGGAUAAUAUAAGCAUUGUGGCAUGGAAUGCCAUGAUCGGUGGGUAUGUCCAAAACAGUCUGCCGAUUGAGGCUUUGGAUCUUUUUCAUAAAAUGCUUUCUAUUUCGAGACCCAAACCUAACCAUGUUACGAUUGUUAGCAUGCUCUCAGCUUGUGCUUUAGUGGGUGAUUUGGAACUUGGGAGAUGGGCUCAUGAAUAUGUGAAAUUCAAUGGUCGUAAAGGGGUUCUCGAAUCAAAUAGGAUUCUAGCAACUGCUUUCAUAGACAUGUAUUCCAAGUGUGGGAGUUUGGAGGAGGCUAAGAAGGUCUUCGAUGGAAUGGCCAUGAAGGAUGUCGUCUCUCUCAAUGCCAUGAUCAUGGGUCUUGCCACAAAUGGUCAAGGAGAAGUGGUUCUGAGGCUCUUCUCUGAAAUGGAGAAGUCUGGUGUCCAACCCAAUGAUGGGACUUUCUUGGGUUUACUGUGUGCAUGCACCCAUUCAGGAUUGGUGGAUGAAGGGCGCAUGCUCUUCAAAGAUAUGUACCGGAAGUAUUUAGUCACACCAAGUUUAGACCAUUAUGCCUCUUUUGUCAAUCUCCUUGCACGGGCCAGCCAUGUUGAAGAGGCUCUUGAGGUUGUUAAGAGCAUGCCAAUUCAGCCUAAUGGCCUUGUGUGGGGAGCAUUGCUAGGAGCAUGCUUGGUUCAUUCUAGAGUUGACAUCGCUCAAGAUGUAGCAAGAAAGCUUGUUGAUGUGGACCCAGAAAACUCUGCUGGUUAUGUUAUGUUGUCUAAUGCAUAUGCAAGCCAUCAUUGUUGGGGCAACAUUGUCGAGUUGAGAGAAUUGAUGAAGAUGAAAGGCGUCAGAAAGCAACCAGGUUGCAGUUGGAUCAGUGUCAAUGGAAUUGUGCAUGAAUUUCAAGUGGGAUCUAUAUCACACCCUCAAUUAGAGAAGUUGCACUGUUUAUUGGCUUCUUUGUCUCAGGAAAUGAGAUUGAUGGGCUGUUAGAUAGAAGAGUCUACCGAAGGUUGGGCACAAAUGAGCAUAGAAGUGGAUUCACAGGGAUGCUAUCAACUCCAAAAGGAGUCUCCUUGGUGCCAACAAAAUUCCUUUUGAACAUCAACUUGCUUUUGAGAAAAGCUGGAUUCCUAGACCCUGCAAAUGCAAAGCUUCCUAACGAUUAUCUAUAUCCCACCGGCUUAGAGCCAAAAUCCUCAGGGUAUGUCAGUUUUGAGAAUACUUAUUCUGUGUAUUUGCAAACUUAACUUAGUCUUAUUUCUUCAUUCAUGGAUCAGUGAUUUGUGUGGAUAAAUGGCAAUUCCUGAUUAGAUCAGGCUGAUGCCAAGUUACUGUACCUUUUGACUGUACUGUUAUUGCGUUUAUCUAAUAAAGUGCAGAAUUUAUUAGUCA